CGGGGAAUGAAAGGGUGGGCGUUUCAAAAGUGGUGUAUCGUCCGUUAAUUCAGUUAUUAUUGGGAGUGGUUCCAAUGUUAAUGUGCGUCUUUUCUUUUCUAUCUCUGUCUCUUCUUCCCUGUUCUUCACUCGUCUCCGAUCUGCAGGGAAAAAUAAAAUAACGCUUCCGCAAACUUGGAAUCUCUAAGCCAUUCCACUUUGGCAAUUGUUCUGUUGGCGUAAUAAUAAUAAUAGAUAUUAGAUGGCGUACAAAGUGGACCAUGAAUACGACUACCUCUUCAAGGUUGUGUUGAUUGGGGACUCCGGGGUUGGAAAAUCCAAUAUCCUUUCCAGGUUUACGCGCAACGAGUUUUGCUUGGAGUCCAAGUCUACCAUUGGUGUUGAAUUCGCCACCAGAACAUUGCAGGUGGAAGGGAAGACUGUAAAGGCACAAAUAUGGGACACUGCAGGGCAAGAGAGGUAUAGAGCCAUCACAAGUGCAUACUACAGAGGAGCAGUUGGUGCCCUCUUGGUGUAUGACAUUACCAAGAGGCAAACAUUCGACAAUGUCCAGCGAUGGCUUCGCGAGCUAAGGGACCACGCCGACUCCAACAUUGUUAUCAUGAUGGCCGGAAACAAAUCCGACCUUAAUCAUCUGAGAGCAGUGUCUACUGAAGAUGCUGAAAGUUUGGCUGAAAAAGAAGGACUAUCUUUUCUUGAGACUUCAGCAUUGGAAGCCUAUAAUGUUGAGAAGGCAUUCCAAACCAUAUUGUUUGAUAUAUAUCACAUUAUAAGUAAAAAGGCGCUCGCGGCGCAGGAAGCCACUUCUGCCGGUGUUCCUCAGGGAACCACCAUAAAUGUCGCGAACACGGCCAAUAAUGCAGAGAGUAGAUCUUGUUGCUCUAAUUAACAGUUUGUAGAAAAAGAGGUGACACAGAAAAAAUGUUUGUUGUUUUGUUGGAAAUUUGAAUACACGUGAUGAGUAGUUGCUAGUUGUUGUUGUUACCAUUUGCUAGUUGUUGUUACAUUCUUUAAUUUCUGUAAGAUGGGAGAGGCAGAUAUUCUAGUCUUCAACAAUUUACAGCUUUGGCAUUAACUGAUUCUGAAAUGCUUGCAAUUCAGAAUUUGAUGAAUCUUAGUUCUCUCUAAGUCAGAGUUUUAG